AUGCAGGGAGAUGCCCACUACAGCGAACUUUCAAGGAAUGACAACGACUACAUGCCUGUCGAGCUCGAAGCCGCUCCGGCCUUUCUAGUGCAGGAGACGAUGAGUCCGGGUUUUGAAAGGAGCACGCGAACUGAAAUACCCAGCAUGAGACGCCCACAGUUCCUCGCGUACUUCAACACCAGGCUAGCCCUAGCCUGCUCUCUCAUAGCCGUCUCCUCUUUCAACUAUGGUUUCGAUAACCAGGGCUUUGCUACCACUCAGGCUAUGGACGCCUUUGACAAACGGUUCGGUGACUAUAACCCUGGAACGAAGGCGUAUGCACUGGACCCAGCCUGGCUAUCACUAUUCAACAGUCUAAACUACAUCGGGUUUGCUGCUGGCGUGCUCAUCGGCAGUCAAAUAUCCGCCCGGUUCGGUCGACGGUGGUGCAUGUUUUCGAUGAGUUGCUACGCUCUCAUCACGGCCACGAUCACAGUUACUUCUGGGAACCGGGACCAGAUCCUCGCUGCCCGAAUUCUGAACUACGUCUAUGUUGGGAUGGAGUUGGCUGUUGUCCCAACGUUCCAAUCUGAAAUAGUCCCGGCUCAAGUCCGAGGCCUCGCCGUCGGCACUUACCAAUUCAGUAUCAUCCUGGGCGGUCUAAUCAUCAACUCCAUCUGCCGCGGCACAAGCAAGAUCCAAGAUGACCGAGCCUGGCGCAUUCCUCUUGGUUUAUUCUACAUCGUCCCAGCAAUAGUCUUGUCAUUGAUAUGGUUCGUCCCUGAGAGUCCACGCUGGCUUCUCCAAAAAGGCCGCGUGGAAGAAUCCCAAGCUAGUCUUCGGCAACUACGCCAGGGAUGUUUCACUCCCGAACAGAUUCACAAUGAGUUCCGUGAACUUCAGACCGUGCUCGAACAGGAGGUUGAGAACGGCCACUGGGUCGACCUAGUCAAGGGAGUCAAUCUGAAGAGAACGGCGCUCGUGUUCAUGGUCAAUUUCUUUCAGCAAGGUACUGGGCAGGCCUUUUCGUCUCAGUAUGGAGCGGUCUAUGUUAAGCAGUUGGGGACCAUUAACGCGUUCGAUAUGACAAUUGUGCUUUCGCUUCUGAAUUUGGUGUCGAUCAUUGGCUCGUUGGCAUAUGCUGAUCGGGUUGGGAGGAGACCCAUGCUCUUAGCCAGCUCCGCAGUAAUGGCAGCAGGCCUAUUGACGAUGGGAGGUCUAGGAACUCCAAGCCCCAUGACAACGGACUUGAAGAAAGGUGUAGUGGGUAUGUACGUGGUCAUGGCACUAGGGUUCUCUCUCGGUUGGGGACCUCAGACGUACGUAGUAGCCACCGAGCUACCUGCGCUACGGCUGAGAGACAUGACACUGCAGUUGGGGUUCUUUGUCAAUGUCAUUUCCAACUUUGUCGUCAACUUCACCAUCCCCUACCUUGUAGAUGCGGAAUAUGCGGGCCUAAACUCCAAGGUUGGAUUAAUAUUCGGCGCCAUUGCGGUUAUCGCGUUUGUUUGCACUUUCCUUUUCGUACCAGAGUGCCGCGGCAAGACUCUUGAGCAGAUUGAUCUCAUGUUUCAUUCGGGAGUCAAGUUGCGGGACUUUGGAUCUUAUGAUGCUAGUACGUUGAUUGCUGAACCGGAGCUCAAAGAAGGUGAAGUGCAUAGUGAUACUGGUAAAGUUGAAGAGAAUGGCGUCAAACAGUAG